AUUACUGUCAUGCGCAUAUGUCGUGUGCAUUGUAUCCCAAAUUUAAAUUGCGCCGUCGCAAAUCGCUAAAUUCCAUAAUCCACAGGUUGUUUUUUAGUUAGUCCGUGUUUAUUUUUAUUGAAGCUGGGACGGGAUCUUGUCUGCGAUAUCCUGUUAGUGAAUGUUUUCUUCAGUGGUGUGUUUCAAUAUUUAUCUUAAAUAAUAUUUCCGUAAUAAAAGACAUGGGUGUUGUGUUGCCCCCGUUGGAGUUUACCGAGUGUUUGAGUGAUAGCCCCUAUUUUAGGGAAAACUUACAUAAACAUGAACGAGAGCUGGAAAAGACUAACCAGCAGAUAAAGAGGAUUAUUAAAGAAGUUAAAGACCUUUUGGCAGCCGAGAGACAACUUGGAGACGCCCAAAAAUCGUUUGCCACUUGUCUCAGAACGUUCACGUUUGAGACUAUAGGCGGCACCCAAACUGACGAUGAGACCACUAUAUGCAACUCCCUAAAAACUUUCAGUGAAUUAAUAUUGCAAGUGGAAGAGGAGCGUAAGAGAAUGGUGGAUAAUGCCAAUUCGACUGUGCUAAAACCUCUCGAGGAGUUCCGAAAAAAAUACAUCGGAGGAGUAAAGAAUGAAAAAAAGAAAUUUGAGAAGCAAACCGCGAAAUUUUGCCAAAAUCAAGAGAGAUAUCUCAACAAAACGACGAAGAAUCCCAAUACAUUGCAAGAGGCUGAUGCUUCGGUGGAUAUGGCAGAACGUCAUUUUUAUGCAGCCAGCAUGGAUUAUGUGUAUUUAAUUCAAGAGGUGCAUGAAAGGAAAAAGUUUGAGUUCGUGGAAAGCCUGUUGACUUUUGUUUAUGCAUAUUUUACUUUCUAUCAUCAGGGUCACGAAAUAAAGAAAGACUUCGACCCAUUUAUGAAAGAUCUCCAAUCAAAAAUUCAAAAGACUCGAGGCAAUUUCGACGAUUUUAGCGAAAAACUAAAAAAGCGGAUGUCUGAGGUUCAAAAACAAGAAGGACCCUUGAGCACUUCCAAAGGUUGUAAGGAGGGUUAUUUAUUCUUACUGGAAAAAAAAGCCUUUGGGACCACUUGGACAAAGAACUAUUGUAAAUAUGACAAGAAUACUAAGGAAUUUACAAUGCUUCCUUAUAAUCAGCUUACCACUAAAACGCUUCCACAACCAGAAAAACUGGUUAUUACCACCUGCAUAAGGAGAAAAUCUGAAUCGAUAGACAAGAGAUUUUGUUUUGAUAUACAAGCAGACAGUAAGCCUGGAGUGGUUUAUACGCUACAAGCUCUAUCUGAGCAAGAUCGGACUAGUUGGAUGGAUAUUAUGGAUGGAAAGGAACCAACUUAUACAGUACCCUCAAACAAAGUUACAAAUACGAUGGAUGAAAACUAUGUAUUGGAUGAUGUGGGGAUACAAUUCGUAAAGAAAUGUAUUGAAGUAUUAGAGAAUAGAGGAUUAGAAGAACAGGGAAUUUAUCGGGUGGUUGGUGUUGCCUCAAAAGUUAAUAAGUUGUUGGCAAUGGGUUUGGAUCGAAGAAAAAAUGAUAAAUUAAAUCUGGAAGAUCCUCAAGAGUGGGAAACAAAAACCAUAACAAGUGCACUGAAAACCUACUUAAGGAAUCUUCCUGAGCCAUUGAUGUCCUAUAAAUAUCAUAAUGAUUUUAUUAAUGCAGUCAAAAGGGAUUCAAAGCAAAACAGGGUACAUGAAGUUCAUAAAUUGUUAUAUAAAAUCUCAAGAACUAAUUUUGAAGUGUUAAAGAUUUUAAUAAAGCAUUUAACCAACGUUGCAGAAAAAAGCGAAAAAAACCUCAUGACUAUCAGCAACCUAGGGGUAUGCUUUGGACCAACUUUACUCCGUCCCGAAGAAGAAACCGUGGCCUCAAUAAUGGACCUAAAAUUUUAUAACAUCGUAGUUGAAAUCCUCAUCGAAAACUACAAUCGUCUCUUUUUUACGGAGCCAUUGGUACCAAAAUUCGGGCAGUUGCCGCCAAACAAUCAUUUGCCCACAGAUUCGGGAGAAACGUAUGCUGGGAAUAAAGUUUAUAGCGGGGGACAACCUGUGCGAGUUUCACCUAGCUACAGAAAUCCUCCAGGCUAUAAUCCAUCUGUACCAUAUAACAUUACCGUCUCUUCUUAUAUAGACCAACAACCACUACCCAUCAAUUUGUAUUCUUCUAUACCCGAGCCAAUAUCGGAUAGUAUCAUGUAUGGCAUGUCUAGAAGUGAGCAUAGACCAUCAAAUCAUCAGCGAUUCAAGCAAUAUAAUUCGUCCAGCAUUAAUUCACAAUCAGAAUCUAAUAUUCCACAAACUAUUACCAGUCCGACCAAUUUUAGGCAAAAUCGAUUAGGUGCUUUUUCUGGAGGAGACUCAAAUGAAACGAGCAGUUCCAAUGACUCAUUAUCUUCUACGUCGAGAGAUGGCAAUACUGUGAUAAGCGGGAUCCCAAAAAAACACGAAAGGGCCAAUCUCUCGGUUGCUUAUCCGAAGAGCUACAAGGCCCAAGGGAAUGUGACCCAAAUAUCCAAGAAGCCUGGCUUUAUGACCGUAUCUUCCAAUGGCAGGUCUAGUCCAACUUUGACUAGAGUCCGGAGAGUCAGAACACUAUAUGCCUGCUUAGGGGAACAUGAUGGAGAGCUCUCUUUUGAACCCAAUCAAAUUAUUACUAAUGUAAAAACAUCUCAAGAACCGGGAUGGCUUGAAGGAACGCUUAACGGAAAAACGGGUCUUAUCCCGGAAAACUACGUCGAAAUUCUCCCUUGACAACCUUCCAACUUGUCAAGACUAUCCAACACACUACGGCACGGGCUUUAUAGAGCUCUACAUAUCAGUAGUGCCGAGGCAUCCUCAACGGAGUCCAGAGAUAACAAUCGAAGACUGAACAUGCACAGACCAAGUUUAGAUGGAGCGUUGGUUAAACAAGCAAGCUUUGAGAGAAAAAGUUCGACAUAAAAGUACGAUUUCUAUUGGAUUUAUUGAGAUUGAACUGGAUCCGUGGGUUAGGGAUGACCUAAUUAUUUCCAAAGCAAUAAGAAUAUAAGUUUAUCCUUAUGUAUAUUAAUCUAUUAGCAGUGGCUAAAAUAUAAGAGCUAUUUAGACUUGAAAGAUAAAAUCACACAGUUACCAAUUUCAGUUCUCUUAUAAUCUUUUAAAGCCAGCGUAAAAUAUUAUCCAAAAUCGACGACAUGCAAAAGUUCAAAAGAGCUGAUUUUUGACUGUCCAAUAAAUAGUGUGGUGAAUCAGGGCGGCUUGGAUGUGGUUUAAUACCCGAUAAUUUCUAUAUAUUGUCCAUUAAUAUUAAUUAUAUCGUGUAUUCAAGAUGAACUAUACAAUUUUUUUGCCGGGUUAUUUUUGAUUCCUAUAUUGAAAAUCGUCUUAUUACACAUUUUAGUAUUUUACCUUCUCCAUACGUUCAUACUAAAUCACUCGGUUUAAUAUAGUAUUUAUUAAUUUUUGUUAAAAAUUAUGUUGGAAAAUAAUUUCGAGACCUAAUACUAAAUCACGGAAGACUUCAAUAACUAUUAAAUAAAGAUCAAUCCUAAGACAUAUUUGUUUAUAUAAAUCUUGUCAGUGAGUUCAAAAUAUAACUAUAUUAAAUAAGAAUUAUAAUAAUUCAAGUAUUAAACUAAAACAGAGAAGGUACAUCUUAUGUAGUAAGCAUGUCAGUCAAGGUUGUUCACUACUUAUAAUUUAUAAAAGUCGCGAUUCUCUUCUUUACCGAGAAAAUAUUUCUGGCUAGAUUGGUAUACCUUAAGUAUAAUUUGAUAAAAAUUUGAUUUAAAAAAAAUAUGGAAAUUUGUGGCAUUUAAUGCUCACAUAUUCGGUUUCCAGGAACAUACUAUUUACUAUAUCAAUACACCAUUUAUUUCACAUCAGAAAAAACUCUUUUGCACUCACACAUCAGAGCGUGGAUAUCUAAAACUAACUGAGCUUAUUCUUUUAAAGAUAGCAGUGUCUUGAAUUACAGAACUUUGGUAUCAAUGUUUGUCAAUAAGGACUUAUAGACUAACUAUUAGCAGAUCGGCAAUAUAAUUUCCACAUAAAGUAAUACUUUUUCAUCCUGUUAUUUUAGAGACUUAUACGCUAAUUUAUGUUAUAGUUUAGUUUAUUUCAUUAAAAUUGAUUAGUCCCAAAACCUUACUAUACAGUGCAUUCACAAAUUCAUUUAAAAUUCAUGAUAUUUUUUUCUUCUUUUAUUUUUUGAACACAUCGAUUAGUAUUAUCACUUGUGGGUUUUUUGAAAUAAAAAAAUUCUCUACAGUGUGUACUAACUAUGGCGUCAACAAUAACUUUGUUAAAUAGAACACCGUAUAUAUAAUCACCGUUUUACAAUUCUAUGAUAUUAUCUGAAUACUUUUUGUGCAGCAAACCAUAUGUCUAAAGUCAGUAGUUUGUCAAAUAUGACAUAACAGACUAAAACAUAAAAAUGCAUUCUAGAUUUAGUGCAACUAAUGUUUAAUUAAUUUGUUGUCCAUUUGAUUCAAUGCGUCCUUUGCAAUGGAAAUUUUGCUUACAGGGUGUCUCAAGAAAAAACUAUGACGCCAACAUUUGAAUGGCUCCGCCAAAAACUGGCGGAAAAUGACAAAAACUUAUUUUUUCAGAAAUUCAAAAAGACACUGAUUGUUCAAUGAAAUUAAUUUCUAAUUGACAAUUUCUUAUUAUAAAAAAGGGUUUGUUAUUGAGUGAAAUCACCUAUAAGAGAAAAUAUUGUUAUACUAUCAUAUCUUACUGAGAUAUUGACAUUUUAAAAGUAUUUUUUCGGGUACAACGUUGUAAGCGACGGCAACGUUGUUCUUUGAACAAGACGUAUAAUACUGAAUUAAAUGGGGCUGAUUCAAUAAUGUAAGUUUUGAAAUAUGAUCUUUAAUAAUAAUGAAUAAUAAUAAUAAUAAGAAUAAUAAUACAAAAAACUUAAGUUUUCUUAUUGUUCAACCGUAAUAUUUUCAUAAAAAGGCACAUAUUCUGGCGGGAUGUAUUUGCACAUAUCCAAAAAGUGCUUUUUCUUUGCCGCUUUGAUCGGGAUUCUAUCCUUGUAUAAAGGUGGGAACCGAUAUCUAUCCUUGUAUACUGGGGGCAUACUUCUCUUCCCUGGCCCCUUUACUUUUUUUGCUAAUGAGUGCGAAGUCCAUGUUUGAAGGACGUUGUGUGAUUUCCUUCCACGCAAUGUUAUAGGAUCAUCCUUUGUAAUUUGGUACCAUACAUGGCUAGUUACACUGAAUUUAUUUUUUUCCAGUGAAUCUAACAAAAUGUCGGUGUUUUUGAAGUCUGCUGUAUCCAUAACACAGACAGUAAAACGAUUGGGUGGUCCCUUGUUUAGCUAUGACUUCCACCCAUUGGUGAGGAACAUACACUGUUUUACCCUUUUUUGCUCGUUCAAUUAGAGCAAAGUCCCUGUCACAGGGUAGAAAACUAUGACCCGUCGUCAUAAACUUUUGCUCAACGGUAGUGAAAUAUUCAUUCAAGAGCAGGUGCUGCAAAACAGCUAUAAUCCGCCAGUUGUUGUUCUGACCUACAAAUUUGUCAGACCAAAACUUACGAAUUCUCACUUGGCCUGACUUCAACUUUGUAAAGUUAAGCUCAACAUAUUUUAAAAUGCAUGAUGCUAUUUCCGCAGCACCUCGCUUGGCAGUGGUCCCAUCCCAGAAAAACAUAUAAGCCAUGUUUCUCCCCUGGUCAUGUAUAGCCAAAUUGUAGCACGAUAGUUGCCUCUGGUAAAAUACGUUACUAUGCGUAAGGUUUGGGCAAAAUAAAACUUGUUGUAGGUCUACACAAAGCACAACGUUUUCAGAGCUUAAUAUGGCACUCUCUUUAUCUUCAGCAAGCGUCUUGUAAGCAGAGUCAGCCCUCAUAUGAUGAAGUUUGCUUUGAUUUUCAAUUAUUUUUUUUCUCUCUUCAGUGGCAGCUGCAAUGAGCUGAAUGUGCAGUUGAUCACAAUAAGUACAGGUAUCGGACCUAGGCAGACCAAAUCUUAGGUUGAACUCACUUUGAAAAGCAUCACGGUACAUGUGAAGUUUUGCAGUACUGUCGGUGUAUUUAAUGCAGAAAAGCUGCCACAUUUUCAUGAUACUCAGGUCAGGAUUCAAACAUUCCUUUUUGCUCAUAUUUCUGGAGUAGUGGUUUUCUUGACGAGGAAAAGAAGAAAUAUGCUGUUUGAUCUGUUCUUUUGUUUCAUCAGGGAUCCUAGUAUGAUUUCCAUGCGCGCCUCUGCCAUCGGUCAAGGGCGUGGUAAACUUUAUUUUGUCAACGGAGGACAAAAAUAAAAAGUGCCUUGCGGUGUUUCUCGACCUAACAAAAGCAUUCGAUACAGUGUCACACCAAAUAUUAUUACAAACAUUAGAAAAAUAUGGUAUCAGAGGCAAAGUAUUACAACUUUUACAGAGUUAUCUAUCAAACAGAAUGCAAUACACCAAGAUAAAAAAUAACCUUAGCGAUCCUGAUAUCAUUAAAAUUGGAAUACUGCAGGGCACUGUACUAGGACCCCUACUUUUCAAUGUUUAUAUAAAUGCAGUGAAUGAUAUAAAAACUCCUGGCAAAGUAAUAUCCUAUGCAGAUGAUACAGGAAUUAUAUUUAUUGGAGAUACAUGGCAAGAGGCAAAAGUGAAGUUUCAAGAAGGUCUAUCAUUAAUCAAAAAUUUUUUCGACACCUUUAAAUUGUCACUAAAUCCAAAAAAAUCUAAAUAUAUAGCAUUUUCCAUAAACAGUUCAAAUAGACCAAACUUUCAAAAUAUUAUAGUAAACAAUAUUAAUGAACCAAUUGCACAGGUAAACUCUAUAAAAUAUUUGGGAGUCCAUAUAGACAAACAUCUAAAAUGGGAUAUACACAUUGAUUAUUUAACAAAAAAGAUAAAGGCACUCUUACAUAAAUUUUAUUUAUUAAGGGAAAUUUUGUGCAGAAAACUCAUUGUGUUGAUCUAUAAAGCUCUCGUGGAACCCCUAUUAAGGUAUGGGAUAUUGAUUUGGGGUGGGGCAUAUGAAAACAGUCUAAAAAAUCUUAAAACAAUACAAAACUCAAUAGUAAUGAUAAUGUUAAAGAGACCUAGGUUAUUUUCAACAAAGCAAUUAUAUAAUUCUGAAAUACAAGAUUUAAAGACUCUUUUUAUAACAACCUGUUGCUCUUAUGUUCAUAAAUUCUAUGGUAAACAAAGUAUAAUAAACCAUAGACACCAAACCCGAGCUAAUAAACACCAGCAAAUUGUACUACCUUAUAUGAUUCGAGAUUUUGGUCAACAUUCGGCAGUAUUUUUAGCUCCAACAUUUUAUAACCUUCUCCCAGAAAAUGUCAAACAACAGAAAUACUUCAAAAAGUUUAACGAGCAUGCCCUAAGUUAGAUAUUAGGAAACAAAAGAAAAUUUUGUUGAUUGAUCAUAUGUGCUUGUAUCAAUAUUCUGCUUUUCACCAAACUUUUUAUUUUCUUACUUGAUAGCAAUCACAACAUAAAUACAUAAGGGAAAAAGAAAAAAUCUCAGUAUGGAUAUUUAUUCAAUUAUUUAUUUUGUUUCAAAUAUUAUAGGUUUUAGGUACCAAAGACUAGAAAAUUCUGUAAAAUACUACAUAAUACCUUUGUAGGUAAAAUGUAUAUGUGUAUAUAGUAUAUGAAUCUUUUUUUUUCUCUUUUUCUCGUUUUUAUUGUCUGGUUUUUUAUUUUUGUUAUGUAGUUUUGGGUAAACUUAUUUAAAAUGUUAAAUAUUGUGAACUAAUUUAUAUAACGGCUAGUCUGCUAAGGGUAACAACAUUGAUAUAUUAGAAUUUUUAAAUUGUUUCUACCAUAGCACAUACAGAUACUCUGGUAUCUAGGUGCUUUAUAUUCUUAGAAUUGUAAUAUUUUAUAUUGAAGUUGAAUAUUGAAUAUACUGAAUUGAAAUAUAUUGAAUAUUGAACGAGAAUCUGUAGGCGUCGAGGUGUAACCUUCAUUAUCUGGCAAAGUGUCUUUUGGCAUACGCGAAGGGUAGCAUCUUUCUUUGGGACAUAAUAUUGAACUGAACAAUGUCUAGUAGAGAUGUUUUCAUUCACUCGACGGCGAUUUAUAUCCCCUACCUUGAUGCAAGAAGCAAGAAACCUUGUUUGUUAAUUACAGUCCAGACUGUAGAAGUCCCUAAAUAAUUUUAGCAUUUCUUCAUGGGCAACCAAUCCACACUUGUAUUGACACUUGCAUAUUCUACCCUAAAACAGCAAAAUAACUAACCUGUAAAACUGUAAAGCACAUUAAAAAUGUUGUGACUUACCUCUUCAGGUGGUAAUUUUCCAGGCACUGGCCGCUUUCUUUUGGAUAUGUAUGGAUUUCCAGAAUCCCUUGAACGCUUACGACACUUAUCUUUCCACUCACUAACUUUAAUUUUCCUCUUUUUACCAUUAUUUAAGCGCUUUUGAUCACCAGGCGAAAAAACAACACUCUCCGCGCCGGACAUUUUGUCGGUUGCAACAUUGUUCCGAGCACGUCAACCUGUUUUCGAAGUCAUUUAACGUGCUGCCAUCUAAACCACAUUCAUAUAAAACUGAUACCAAAAACUGCCAUGCGGUAGAAAAUGUCGUUUACAACGUUAUUUUCUGAAAAUCUCAAUAUCGCAAUUAAUGUCGCUUACAACGUUGUUCGGCGGAGCCAUUCAUUUAUUUUUUAUGUCAUUUCUUAGAAAUUAAGUAGACCUUAAUCUUUCCGAACAACCGUUUUCAAUUCUAGAACCUACCAUAAGAGGUUGACAUAUCUAGUAACGAGUUAUGGUUUCAACAAGACGUUUUUCGCCAAUUUCUUGAUGCAAUUUUUCCUAACAGAUAGAUUGGACGAAGAGGAUCGAUUGAGUGGCCACCAAGGCCACCAGAUAUAAUCGCAUUCGAUUUUUUCUGAUGGGGCUAUUUAAAGUUUAUGUUAAUAAACCAAAUAAUGUUGAUGAUUUAAAGCAAAAAAUUGGAAAAGAAAUUAGACUAAUCGAUCCGCAAGUGAUUGGAAAUGUGCAAUUGGUUGUUGAAGUAAAUGGACAACAAAUUGAACAUCACUUGCAAGAAAUAUUGUUUAAAAUUUGAUUUUUAAUGUUCAGAAUAUAUCGUAGAAUUGUAAAAUGAUAUACAGAGUGUUACAUUUUAAAAAAUUAAUCUUAACGCCAUAGUUUCUACUUGAGGUACCCAGUAUAGAAAGUUUUUUAUUUCAAAAAACCCGCAAGUGACGAUGCUAAUCGACGUGUCCGAAAAAUAUUUUUAUAUAUAAUAUUUUAUUUAUUUUAUAUAAAUAGGCGUUGGUAAGCUAUUCAGUAGAUUUUUUACAAAAGCACCAAAGUAAUCAAGUACUACAAGCACAAAAUUGCACAAAGAUAAAGUUCCCUUCAUUAAUAACCUAUUUUUCUGUCGCCUUUCGGUGGCACCAUUUUUAAAAAAUAUACCGCAAAAUAGAUUGACGCAAGUGUAAUCAUAGAAAUUACGCGAUAUUUUUUUAUUUCAUUUUAUUAAUUUUUUAUAUAUUAUUUUAUUUUAAAAUGAAAAAAAUCUUAUUAUAUAAAGCUUUCUUCGUUUAUGCUCAUUGUUUUCUGGUUUCAAGACUUAUAAUAUAAAUAUAAUUCUUAGAACAGGUAUAUAUUUACCCACGAUUUAUUGGAAUGUACAUUUUCAUAUAUGAUCAAUUAGGUGUGUUAAAAAAAAACAAAUCAAUCCAUAACACCAAGUUAAUAUCGUACUGUGUAUAUGUAUUAAAUAAUUAUACAUAUUUAUAUUUUACAGUUUCAUUGUACAUAUUGUAUAGUUGCUGUGUAUAAUAAUUGGAUUUUUUUUUGUAAAUCAGAUAUAGAAAUAUGCUGUUAUUGCUUAUAUUUAAGACGGACCUUCCCUACUUCUCUAUAGAAUAUUAACAUUAUUUUAAUAGUAAUUUAAUGGGGUCUAAAAUAAAUGCAUAAGAUGACCGAGCAAUAACUGUAUAUGCAUGUAAGACCACUUGUUAGUAGUAUUAGUUUCAGAGUAAUUUUUCUGUGAUAAAUCGCACUUUUAUCCCAAAUUACCAUUCUUGAAUUUAUGACUAUUAUUCCACAUAUUUAACCUGAAAUGCCAUUUGUCAUUUAAAUUAUUGUCAACCAGGCUGUUUUUAAGUUCGAAGAAACUAAUAAAAAAGCUAAUCUACAUAUAACAAAUAAUAAUUAAAGUCGACCCUAAUUAGUAGUUCAUUAUAAUUCAUUGUAUAGUAAAAAAAUGUGAUUGUAUAGUAAACGUUUUCUUUGGUUUUAUUAAGCCACAUUUGAUAUAAUGUAUCUGGUUAAAUCAGUGGAAUAUUAAUAAAUAAAUCAAAUUAAUUGCACUACGUGAUCUUAUGAAUGAUAAUAUCAAUUAUUAGUUUUAGCUGAGUGUCUGUAUUAGAAGUUUAGCUUAAUGUAAGGGACCACAGAAUAAAUCGAGGAAAUUCACCUAUUGGAUGAAUAGAAAAUUCAUUUUUCUGUAUUCAGGUGGCUUGGUAAUUCAUUAUAUUUAUAUUUUCAAUUGAUUUUCGGAAUAAAAUCUUUCGUUACUUUUAUUAAUACCGUUAAUAUUGUUUUUUAGCUUAUAGGUGUACUAAAUUCGUGUUAAUUCAUUCUGUUCAGUAAGUAAAACCAGCAGUUAUAGCAAAAAGUGAUAUAUGCACUUUCUUAUUCUAUCAAUGCUAGAAUUGUCUGGUGGUACUAAGCUUAUAAUGUAUAUCACGAGUAUAUUAUAUAGUUUGCUCAAAAACUUGGCUGGCUCCUAAUUCUCGCAGAAGUGAAUUUUUAAUAACUAACAAUAUUUUGGCUAAGCAAACUUAGGAUGUAAUGAAAAUACGUUUUUUAACGUGAUUUUGAAAAAAAUACUUUCUGAUGGUGAUAAAUUGACUCGCCAUCUGUCCAAAUUCAUUAUUAAACAUUAAUGGAGAACUUGUGACACCUUGUUAUAAUAUUUUUUUAUAUAUAUUAAUCAGGUGCUUUGUUUUUCAAAAAUAUUGGCUUUUAUAAUUUAAUUAUAAUUUACUAUAGAAAUAAUAACUAUUUCUAUAUAAUUAUUGUUAUUUCCAUAAGAAAUAUUACUAAUUCUACUUUAACCCUUUUUGACGGGCAGAAACUCUUGAACAUUUUAAUAUUUGACUAACUUUUACUGCCUAAUCUGUUUCAUUACCAUAACUAAUGGGCUUAACCCCUUCAAACCUGAUCAGUUAAACAAAAAAGAGUGUGUGCAUAAUUGUGCACAAGGGACUUGUACCACAAUGUAAUAAUACCUUUGCAAAGUAAAUAAAUAGAUAUUCAUAUACUUGCAUAAAAUAUUUAUUGAUGAAAUUAUACAUUUUUAUUUAAAAAAAAAUGUGUAAAGAAAAAUUUGACAUUAGAAUGGAAUACAUGUGGUAUAAGCAUAGUAUAACAAAACAUAAUUUGAGAACUUUCUAUGAUACAAUAAAAAGCAGCUUCUUUCUUUUUUUAUGCAAAUGUGCACAUUACAUUUUUCACAAAAAAAAUUAGUCUUCUUAUUGCAAUUUGAGUACUUGCAUCGUUUUCCUUCUUUGGCUCCAUCAAGUUGAGGCAUAUGAUCAACACUAUCAUACCGAAUUGCAGAAAUAGUUCUGGUUUCUUCAUGUCCUAAUCUUUGUUUUUUUCGCGGUAUUGGUGGCUCUUUUAUUACCUUGAACUGUCUUAUUUGCCUUGAUUAAACCUUCACCAAGCCGCAUUUUGAAUUCCAAAAGUGAUAAUUGUUCUUUUAUUGGAAUAUUGAGGAUCUUACAAUCUUGUCGAUAUUCAAACCAACUGUUUACUGCAGGAAAAUCCACUGCAUGAAAAAUCAUUCUUAGGGUCCAUUUUCUUGAACGAAUAUAAAUUCUAUACAAACUUAUCAUCUGAUCCAGAAGAUCAACACCGCCCAUAGAAUGAUUAUAAAGUAUUACGAUUUCUGGUCUUGGUACAUAUCCUACUUAUCCCAUCUAACAACAGUAUCUUCAUUCCCAACACCGACAAAAUUUGAAACCAAAACUACAUAUACUACGAUUGUCCAUCCAUUUUACCAAAACAACAUCAUUAUCCUAACUCUUUAGUUGUUCGUAAGUGCCUCUUCCUUGCCUUUUCAUAUCUUUGUCGCUGCUCAAUGGUGGGUUGCUAAAUCGAUUUACUCUAACGGUUCCCGCCGCUGAUAUUUUUUUUUUAAUUGAGAACUUGAAGGGCAGCAUAGGAAGAAAAAUAGUUGUCGAAGUAUAGUUUGUGCCCUUCAUUUGUUAUUCUUUCGGAAAGUUGAAGUACUAUUGUGGCACCAAAUCCAAACCUUUUCAUUAAAGCGGCACUCAAUCCUGUAGACCCGCCUUGGUAUAAAAUAAAGUCAUAGGCCAUUCCCGAUUUUCCACAUAGAACAAACGAUUUUAUUCCCCAGGGUGUAGGUUUGUGUUUUUAUGUAUUGAACAACAGAAAAAUGUCCUCUAAAGGGAAUAAUCUGCUCGUCGAUGCAAAGAUUCUCUUCCAAUUUCAAUUCCAGACAUCGUUUUCGAAUACCUUUAUAUAAAGAUCUUACCUUAUAAAAUGUAUCUGUUGUAUCUUUGGGAAUGUCUAAGUUGUUUACACAAUGUAAGUUAGAACGAAGUUGAAAAAAAACGAUCUCUUGACAUAGUUUCCCCAAAAAUGUUGAUACGCGUUGGUAAAUUCAGCCAUUUCUUGAAAUUGAACAUCGUCUAUAUAUUUACCGAACUAUUGUAAUGGAUCUUGAACCUCAGACUCAACAGACGUAUUGAUAUCCGUUUCUUCUUUCCAUACAAAGUCGGGGGGAAAAAAAUCAUCUUUAGUCCAUUUUAUAGAUUCUUUCGACGUGACAAUUUUGCUGAAUUCGUACUGUUGUGAUGUAGGGGGACCAGCAAAAAUUGACAGAGGCAAGUCAUCCUCGUCAUCCCAGUGCAACUCCGGUAUUUCCACUGUAGUGGGCCCUUCUUUGUCAGUACCCAGGCGAACGAUAUUUUGCGCACUGGGUUGAGAUUCUUCAAAUUUAGAUAAAUUAUUACACUCCCAUUCCUCCUCACUAAGUUCAAUGUCGGAGGUUGAUUCCAGAAGUGUAAUAAAACUGCAGCAUCUUUUUCAUUUUCUGGGUCGUACAUUUUCCCUAAAAAAAUACACCCUGUAUCUUCUAACGUCCAAAUAAAAUAAACACUAAUAACAUAUAAAAAAAAAUUAUUUUAUUAUUUUUAUGCCAAACAUGUAUAUAAAUCGAAUAAGUAUAAAAAAUAUAACGUCGAGAUCGGGUGUGCAUAAUUAUGCACAAACAAAAACAGAUUAUGUUAUAAAGACAUAUUUUUAUCAAAAUACUCUAGAAACUAAAUUUGUCUAUCGCUGUGCUAAAUAUUUGUGCAAAAAACAUUUUAGAUUUCAUUGAUUAUUAUGGAUUUAUUUUUACUUACCACAGCUGAUUUGAUGAAUGGCGGCUAUUGCCAAUAAAUAAAUGAAAAUUCUGACACUCCUUCCAUCUAUCGUAUCCCAAAUCGAUAAAACUUUAGAGAAAACUGUACAACUUGAGAGGGUGACAUUUGAAAUAACUGUGCAUAAUUAUGCCCAGAGGGUCUUAAAGGGUUAAUGUAAUUUAGGAAUUAGGUUUUCAAAACUACGAAAUUGUAAUUUUCCGUUAAGGUUCUCUUCCAUUAGUUUAGACAGAAUUAUGGAUUUAAUUAAAAUAAUUUUUUUUAUUUAGAAAACAAGAGCACCGGGUGCAUCACAAGAUCUUUCUUAAAAUAAAAAAAUUUACGCCUACAUAGCAUUUAUCCUACAAAUACUAAUUAUUAAUUCUUUUAAAAAUUACAUCCUUUUAUAAUAAAUUUAUCUAACUGAAAUAUCUUUUUCUAGAGCAAAAUUAAGGAGACAAGUUUAGAGCUAUGAGUUAAAACGAACAGAUUAUACAUAUUAAAUUUCCAAGAUGUUGGAAAUAUAUUAUACAUAUUUAUAUUUAAUUUGUGAUAUAAUAUACGCGUUUACCAGUGUCAAGGGCCGCAUUCAUUCCUUUAUAAGAAAACCUGUAUUAUAUUUUUUGGAAGCUUUUGUUUUUUACACCUAAUCAUUUUCUUUCUUCUAUAUGAAACCUGAUAAACUUAAAUCUCCCCCUUUUUUUAAAGGCAAAUAUAAAACAAUAUUAAGUAUUUAAUUUUACAUUGGUCCGAUGGUGGACAAAAGCCUCCAAAUAUACUUACCCUUAAUAUUAUUAUAGUGUUAACUGUCCAUAUACGAUGUAUUUUUAAUUUAUAAAAUAAUAAUUUUAGUACAUUAUAUGAUACGUUAUAUUAUUUGUUGCAUUUUUUGUUUUCUAUAGCAUUUUAACUAUUUAUUGUUGUAAUAUUUUUUGAUUAAUAAAUAAAAUGGCGUUUAUUAAUUUUAA